AUGGAGCCGAGUCUGAAACACCACAAACCUGCUACUGAAGCCGGUGCUCAACGGAGGGCCGGCAAAGCAUGCCAAAGUUGCCGGACAAAGAAGGUGAAAUGUGAUGUUAUCAGCCAUGGAGCUCCAUGCAAGAACUGCCGCGUCAGUGAUGUCCCUUGCGUGGUUGCCCAAUGUCGACGCGGAAGGAAACAGAAAGACUGGUACAAGAAACUCAGCGAGUCAAAGCGAGAUCCUCCUGCUCAAACCCAAGUACCGGUCGGGGACUUGUUUGGUUACAAAUAUAACACCCCCGACUCUAACAUGGACCAAAGCUCCAACGACUCGAACUCCAUCCGCCAUGAGCCCACAACUAGCCUACCACUCACCGACAGCGCAACAGAACUGCUAAGUUCCAUCAGCUUCCUGGGUGAUGUCCCUCCCAGCCUUAAGCUACUUCGCAUUCCCCUGACACCCGAAGUCUCUUCGCCAGAAGACUCCGGCAGCGAUGAACUGCCCGCCUAUUUCCUGCCACUGCCUUCCCAUCUUAGUGCAGUGGACAUUGAUUAUCUUCGGAAGAAGGGCGCGUUCGAGAUCCCUCCCUUGGAUCUACGCAACGAAAUUGUUCGUUGUUACGUCGAAUAUAUGCAUCCCUACAUGCCUUUGAUGGACGUUGACAAGCUUCUCUGCCUCAUUGAUCCUCACCGCGACCCUACUACCAUACCUAGAUUCAGCUUGUUACUCUACCAAACCGUCCUCCUGGCAGGGAUUGCCUGUGUCGAUGAGGCACUUGUCAAACGUUUUGGGCACCCUAAUAUCAAAGCCGCCCGUAAGCUCAUCUACGAGAGAGCUCGUCUUCUGUAUGACAUCGACUUUGAGUGUAACGUUCUCACUCUUAUCCAAUCCCUCAUCUUGAUGAGUUUCUGGUCCGCCAACCUCGAUGCUCGAAAACAAGGCUGGCACUGGAUAGGAAACGCUGUCUCCUUCGCCCAAGGCUUUGGUCUCGGUCUUUGCCCAGACAAUUUGCCCUUAUCGCCAAGGGAGAAGAGUUUGCGAAAGCGAUUGUGGUGGUGUUGUUUCGCUCGCGACCGACUAAUUUCCAUCGGCCUCAGCCGUCCAACCCGCAUUCGCCACGAGGAUUUUGAUGUCCCACUACUUGAGGUCGAAGAUUUCGAAAAUAGUUACAGCUGCUCAUCCUCGGCUAAUGGAAAUUGUCGAUGCAGCCCUUUCAUGCGAACAAGCCUGUGCGACAAACUCACAAGGGUUCGUUUAGCCGAAUCAUUCAUCUCCAGUAUAAAGCUGUGCACCAUCAUAGGUUCAAUUCUUUCCUCGCAGUACUUCUCACACGCUCACGAGUACGAAAUGCAGAACAAAAUUGGAGAGUCUCCCGCCGCGGUGACAUUGCGACCCAUUUCCCAUCGUUUCCCCGGCCAAGAUCUGAAGGAACUCACUCACUCGAUAUUCACCAUGCUUGAUCAGGAUCUCAUUGCAUGGUACAAAGAUCUUCCCUCCUAUGCCCAUUGCUGUACUUUACACAACGACCAGCAAUCACAACAAGGCCAGGCUGCAUGGAAGUCUCUUCUCCAUGACCAAGGUCAAAGUCGCUGCUGCGAUAGGUCAUGCAGCCAACCAGCAAGUGUCACCAUCCAGGUUGCCGUUCUGCACCUAGGUUAUCAUGCCUCAGUUUCGGCUCUGCACCGCCCCCGAAAUGAAGCCCCUGCCUCCAAGACAAGAAUCGCAGAGUCUGCUCGGCAAAGUGCUCGAGUCUGCAGUGCACUGAAUGCUAGAGGUCUUGCCAAAUAUCUCCCCGUCAAUGUCAUUCCAAUGUUGGUUCCAAGCCUAGUUUGGCACUCCUUGUUUAUCAAGUCAUUCCUUCGAGGAGCAUCUCCUGGUCAAGGGAAGAAAAGUGAGGGCUCCGAGAUGAAGGAAGCUAGAGACAAUCUCAGCGAGCUCUUUGUUUGUCUCACCGUUCUGCGUUCCAUCUACGUUGGUGGUAGUUUCUUCUCCCAGUUCGUCAGCGCGUUCUUGCGCCGCGCCGGACUGAUCCUUGUCUGCCGUCGAGAUGCAUCUCAGAAAACCGCCCAGGAGAAUUGCCCCAGAAUUUUCGAACUGGAUAUCGACCCUGAUCACAGCAAUCACAGCUCGGGAAAUGGGCCUGAUAUGGUUCCUGAUAGCAUCACACCGGUUACCAAUGAUAAGGACAAUCAACAUGACCUUGCGGUCUUUGAUGUCAGUCCUCCAUCCCAGGCUUACCUCAGCAGGUCCCCUACAGUUCCCAUUAUGGACUCGUGUUCAAAUAGUCAACUUUUCGGUCACACAACGAUUGAGGAGCACGUUGCAGAAGACGGAGCCACGUGGCAUAGUAUGCUCAAUUUUACGGCUUUUGAAGGGAGUCAAUUAGUCGAGUCUUGGGAUACAAACACGUUUGUUUCCCCGGUUACAAACGGAAGCAUUGAUGCCACCCCUUGGGAAAACCUCGGCCAGAAUUGGGGCAAUUGCCUCCCGUCUCAUGAGGUGGAAGACACAGUGAUUACAUUUUAG